AUGCACGCCCCCGGCGCGCGCAUCGUCGCCGCCAACGAGGCCUUCGCCCAGCUCACCGGCCACGCGCGCGAGGACGUCAUCGGCCGCAACUGCCGCUUCAUGCAGGGCCCGCGGACCGAGCAGGAUGCCGUGCGGCGCGUCGUAGAGAGCGUGCGCUGCGCGCGGCAGGGGCAGGUCGAGCUGACCAACUACAAGGCGGACGGCACGGCCUUCCGCAACUUGCUGUCGCUGCAGCCGGUGCACGACUCGAACGGCGUGUACCGCUACAGCAUCGGCGUGCUGAGCGAC